AAAGACGGCUUAGGGGCGAGUGAGCUGGAAGCGGCGCCGGGAGGAUGGAGGCGGCGGCGACCGCGGCGGAGGCUGCAGCGCGAGAGGCCCUGGACAAGCUGACGGGCAUCCUGGAGCCCACGGGCCUGCAGGAGGAGGCUGAGCUGCCCGGGCAGAUCCUGGCCGAGUUUGUGACGGAUUCCCGGAAGAAAGACAAGCUGCUCUGCAGCCAGCUUCAGGUAGUAGACUUCCUGCAGAACUUUUUGGCACAGGAGGACAUUGUCCAGGGCCUGGACCCCUUGGCUUCUGAAGACACGAGCCGACAGAAGGCAAUUGCAGCCAAGGAGCAAUGGAAAGAGCUGAAGGCUACCUACCAAGAACACGUGGAGGCCAUCACAAGGGCCCUGACCCACACCCUGCCCAAGAUGGAGGAGGCCCAAAGGAAGCAGGCACAGCUCCAGGAAGCCCUUGAUCAGCUCCAGGCCAAGAAGCAAGUGGCCAUGGAGAAACUCAGAGCAGCCCAGAAGCAGUGGCAGCUGCAACAGGAGAAGCGACUCCAGCAUUUGGCAGAAGUUUCUGCAGAGGUGAGGCAGCGCCUGAUAGGAACUCAGCAGGAGCUUGAGCAGCUGUAUCAGGAACUUGGAACUCUGGAGCAGCAAGCAGGACAGGAGCGGGACAAGCUGCAGAGGCACCAGACCUUCCUCCAACUGCUGAACACCUUACAGGGUAAGCUGCAAUUCCCUGAGACAGAGGCAGAGCUACCACACCAUUCGGAUCUUCUUAAGGAUAAUCCCCAGCAGCUGACCCAGCCCCAGGAGCAGACCACUGGGGAUACCAUAGGAAGACAUGAGGGUGUGUCCUCCAAGGCUGAUGGCCUACUAGCUACUGCAAUUGCAAGCUUGUCGUGACUUCCUGGGGGACAGCAACAUGGGAAAGAUCCUAGGUUAGGUGAAUUGUGAACUCCUGAGUACAUCCUGAUUUCUGACCAAGACCCAGCUGGGGGCAGGCUCUGGAUUCUAUUGAUUAAAAGCCCUGGAGCUCU